AUGUUUGAAUAUUAUAAAAACGAAAAAGACAUAUAAUAGAAUGGUAUUAAAGAAUAUUUGUUAUUCCAAAAUAUAUACUAAACAUAAAAUUAAUCAUAAAUAUUUUUUUUUAAUAAUUAAUAAUAGUAAAUACUCUAAUAAGAAAACUAUAUAGAAAAUAAAAAUAUUAAAAGACUUAAUGAAAACUUCUCCAAAACAUGUCUUUCUCAAUUUUAUUCGGAAACUCUACCCAUUUCUACUUUCAAAACUUAACUUUUUAAUUACUAGAAAUAAGGUUUAACCUGGAUGCUAUAUAGAGAAGGUAGAAUUUCUAAAAAACAGCUUUUUGAAAACCAUCCAGAAUAAUAUUAAGAAGAUAGAGAACUUAAUCCAUUCUAUUAAUAAUUGUUACUCCCUUAUAAUCAAAAAAUCUACCAUAAUAUACUUUCGGGAAAAGUUUGUACUGAUUUUGUUUAUUCAAAGCAUACUUUUGGUGGUAUACUGGCUGAUUAAAUGGGUUUAGGUAAAACUUUAAUGACAAUAGCUCUUAUUCAUUCCGAUUUAUAAAAUAAGCGAGAGUUUUCAAGGCUAGGAACUUUAGUUGUUUUACCAUUAAGCAUAUUAGGAUAAUGGUAGAGAGAAUUGGAAAAUAAUUCGGUAGAAAAAAGCAUAAAAAUAUUUAAUUAUUAUUAAUAAAAAAAACCAUAAAACUAUAAUUUAGAAGAUUAUGAUAUAGUUCUAAUACCAUACAGUUAAUUAGCAAAUGAAUACAAAAGAAAUAAUAAAUAACUUUUCUAAAAUCAAUGGAGAAGAAUAAUCCUAGAUGAAGCCCAAAAUAUAAAAAACAGAAAAAGUAACAUAGCAAAGGCUUGUUUUUUAUUAAAUUCUUAAUAUAGAUGGUGCUUAACAGCAACUCCUAUAGAAAAUAUUUUAGAUGAUUUAUUUAGUCUUUUAUAAUUUUUAAAUGUAGAAACAUUUGGUGAAUGGUUUUGGUGGAAUUCAUAUAUAAAUGAUGAAUAGAAAAAGUCUGAUUCUUUUGAUUUGUUGCAUUAGAUUUUAAAGCCCUUAAUUUUACGAAGAACAAAACAAUCGAAAUAUGAAAAUGGAUAAUGUAUAUUAUAAAUGACUAAUAAAUAGAUUUUUACAGAGAAAAUUUAAAUGGAGAAAUAAGAAAAAAAACUAUAUGAUUUACUUUUUUCUUAAAGCUAGAAAUUAUUUCAGGAAUUAAAUAAUAAAAAAGAAGUCAUUAACAGUUAUAUUCAUAUUUUUUAAAUAAUUUCUAAAUUAAGAUAGUUUUGUGCACAUCCAUCUAUUGUUUUCAAAGGUUUUGAUAUCGAUAAAUUAAAAAAUAUAAAUUUGAAUAUAUUAUAAGAGUAAGUUUAUUCCUUUUUAGAAGGAAAAACUUCCAAAAAAACGUAAUAAAACUAAUAUUUUCUUAAUAAAUAAAAUUCCUAAGAAACAGUUACAGAAGCCUAUAAAAAAGAAUUAAUAUAAAAAUAAAAUAAGGAGAGUUUAAAAUAUGUAUUAUUUGUUUUGAACCUAUAUAAAUUCAUUCUUUGA